GGCGGCGGCCGGUGCCUCACACGCCGGCGGCAGGUGCGGGAGGGAGGGUCGCUGCUGGUACCGGGGCUCCCUGAUGGGGCCACAGGACGCGCCGCAGCGCGGCCCCGCCGCCGCUCCGCCAGAGCUGGAGACGCUGAAGCAGCGGGCGUGCGAGUGCGUGGAGCUGAACGCGGGGCGGCUGGGGACGCUCAGCCGCGACAUCUGGAGCCAGCCCGAGCUGGCCUACGAGGAGCACCGGGCGCACGAUACCAUGACCCGCUUCUUCUCCAGCGGGGAGCUGCCGGGCGCAGCCUGGGCCGUGCAGCCGCGCUACAAGCUGGACACGGCGUUCCGCGCCGAGUGGGGCACGGCCGCCCCGCAGGGCUCGGGCCCGGGCCCGCUCCGCGUCGCCUUCCUCUGCGAGUACGACGCCUUGCCCGGCAUCGGCCACGCCUGCGGCCACAACCUGAUCGCCGAGGUGGGAGCGGCCGCCGCGCUGGGGCUGAAGGCCGCGCUGGAGAGCCUGCCGCCGCCGGCUCCUGUCGCCGUCCAGAUCACGGUGCUGGGGACGCCUGCGGAAGAGCAAGGUGGAGGCAAAAUAGACCUGAUAAACGCCGGAGCAUUUGACGGCCUGGAUGUAGUGUUUAUGGCACACCCCUCGCAAGAAAACGCAGCCUACCUGCCCGAUGUGGCCGAGCACGAUGUGACUGUGAAAUACUAUGGAAAAGCUUCUCAUGCUGCUGCUUAUCCUUGGGAAGGAGUUAAUGCAUUAGAUGCUGCUGUUCUUGCAUACAACAAUCUGUCUGUUUUAAGACAGCAAAUGAAACCGUCCUGGAGAGUUCAUGGUGUAAUAAAAAAUGGUGGUGUGAAACCCAACAUCAUCCCUUCUUACACUGAACUGGAGUUUUACUUGCGUGCCCCUUCAAUGAAAGAUCUUUCUGUUCUGACAGAGAAGGUUGAGAACUGCUUCAAAUCUGCAGCACUGGCCACAGGAUGCAAAGUGGAAAUAAAAGGUGGUAAAAAUGAUUACUACAAUGUGCUUCCAAAUAAGAGCCUGCAGAAAGCUUACAAGGAGAAUGGAAGGAAACUUGGAAUAGAAUUUAUAUCAGAAGACCUUAUCUUGAAUGGUUUGUCAGGUUCCACAGACUUUGGAAAUGUUACCUUUGUAGUCCCUGGGCUUCAUGCUUAUUUCUACAUUGGCUCUGAUGCAUUGAAUCACACUGAGCAGUACACAGAAGCUGCAGGGUCACAGGAUGCUCAGUUCUACGCUUUACGCACAGCAAAAGCUUUGGCCAUGACUGCGCUGGAUGUCAUUUUCAAGCCAGGUCUGCUUGAAGAAGUCAGGGAGGACUUUAGACAGGUGAAGCUAAAAGAAGAGGGGCAAAUAAAUCCACUAGAACAGAACAAAGAAUGUGGUGUCGGCACAGGAGCAUGUCCAUCCCACUAAACUUCAUUAAACCUCUCAGUAGGACUGACUAAAUGGAGAUGCUGGAUUUCAAUCCCAGAAGGGGCUGGAUAAGCAUGUAGCUGAAGAAAUGUUGAUUAUUUUUCGGGGGGUGGGGGGAGGGCUUUAGGAUGAACAUGUAGUGUCACUGCUAUCAAAAAUGUGCAAUUUUAUCUAGCUGUAGUGUUUGCUGUACUCAGUAUGGUGAUGAAUUUCAGAGAUGAAGUGCAUUGUCUUGAAGUUGGGAUGAUGAAUAAAUGAUAGUGUUUGGA